UCCCAGCCCUCCACCUCCCUACCCCCGGUCGUUGGCUUCUUCUUCUUCUUCUUCUUUUUUUUUUUUCCUGCGAUAAUUCUCUGGUUUGCCAAAUCUCUCUAAUCAAGCUCCUGGCCUUGCCUCACUGUGCCUUCCCUCCCUGUCUGUUGUCACAGUUGUGGACCAGGAGGUAUUUAGUCUCACUUGCUGGGCGAAUCCUGCUUCACAGAUGUAAGUGAAGGAGAAGCCACUGCCCAGGCCUGUGUGUGGGCCACCUCUCUGAAGGUAAGGGCAGACUCUGAUGUCCAGUCCUCACUGUCUUCUGCUGUCUGGAGCAAGGAGAGGAACCACCCACAACGAUCCUGAAAACAAGAGAUACCAUUCAAAGUGGAAGCCUAAACAUGCAUCAUGAAGAAUUAAUCUUGACACUCUGCAUUCUCAUUGUUAAAAGUGCCUCAAAAAGUUGUAUUCACCGAUCACAAAUUCAUGUGGUAGAGGGAGAACCUUUUUAUCUGAAGCCAUGUGGCAUAUCUGCACCAGUGCACAGGAAUGAAACAGCCACCAUGAGAUGGUUCAAAGGCAGUGCUUCACAUGAGUAUAGAGAGCUGAACAACAGAAGCUCGCCCAGAGUCACUUUUCAUGAUCACACCUUGGAAUUCUGGCCAGUUGAGAUGGAGGAUGAGGGAACGUACAUUUCUCAAGUCGGAAAUGAUCGUCGCAAUUGGACCUUAAAUGUCACCAAAAGAAACAAACACAGCUGUUUCUCUGACAAGCUCGUGACAAGCAGAGAUGUUGAAGUUAACAAAUCUCUGCAUAUCACUUGUAAGAAUCCUAACUAUGAAGAGCUGAUCCAGGACACAUGGCUGUAUAAGAACUGUAAGGAAAUAUCCAAAACCCCAAGGAUCCUGAAGGAUGCCGAGUUUGGAGAUGAGGGCUACUACUCCUGCGUGUUUUCUGUCCACCAUAAUGGGACACGGUACAACAUCACCAAGACUGUCAAUAUAACAGUUAUUGAAGGAAGGAGUAAAGUAACUCCAGCUAUUUUAGGACCAAAGUGUGAGAAGGUUGGUGUAGAACUAGGAAAGGAUGUGGAGUUGAACUGCAGUGCUUCAUUGAAUAAAGACGAUCUGUUUUAUUGGAGCAUCAGGAAAGAGGACAGCUCAGACCCUAAUGUGCAAGAAGACAGGAAGGAGACGACAACAUGGAUUUCUGAAGGCAAACUGCAUGCUUCAAAAAUACUGAGAUUUCAGAAAAUUACUGAAAACUAUCUCAAUGUUUUAUAUAAUUGCACCGUGGCCAACGAAGAAGCCAUAGACACCAAGAGCUUCGUCUUGGUGAGAAAAGAAAUACCUGAUAUCCCAGGCCAUGUCUUUACAGGAGGAGUAACUGUGCUUGUUCUCGCCUCUGUGGCAGCAGUGUGUAUAGUGAUUUUGUGUGUCAUUUAUAAAGUUGACUUGGUUCUGUUCUAUAGGCGCAUAGCGGAAAGAGACGAGACACUAACAGAUGGUAAAACAUAUGAUGCCUUUGUGUCUUACCUGAAAGAGUGUCAUCCUGAGAAUAAAGAAGAGUAUACUUUUGCUGUGGAGACGUUACCCAGGGUCCUGGAGAAACAGUUUGGGUAUAAGUUAUGCAUAUUUGAAAGAGAUGUGGUGCCUGGCGGAGCUGUUGUCGAGGAGAUCCAUUCACUGAUAGAGAAAAGCCGGAGGCUAAUCAUCGUUCUCAGCCAGAGUUACCUGACUAACGGAGCCAGGCGUGAGCUCGAGAGUGGACUCCACGAAGCACUGGUAGAGAGGAAGAUUAAGAUCAUCUUAAUUGAGUUUACUCCAGCCAGCAACAUCACCUUUCUCCCCCCGUCGCUGAAACUCCUGAAGUCCUACAGAGUUCUAAAAUGGAGGGCUGACAGUCCCUCCAUGAACUCAAGGUUCUGGAAGAAUCUUGUUUACCUGAUGCCCGCAAAAGCCGUCAAGCCAUGGAGAGAGGAGUCGGAGGCGCGGUCUGUUCUCUCAGCACCUUGAGCUCCAGACGAGCUUGAUGUCAAAAGCAAGUGAAGCGCUGCUAGAGGUCAUGCGUGUGCCUAUUCACAGCGGUAGCUGUGGUUCAAAAGGCUGAAUUUUGUGACUAUACCCCCCACUCCCAGUUAGGAGAGUUGUCAUCGGGUCAUCACAGAUGAAACAGAGCCUUGGUUGUGAUCCUGAACUCGCAGAGGGGGCCUUGGGAUUCACAAGAAAUCAGUUUGUUAUUCUUUCUUCCUCUGGAGCAGUGAUUCCCAACCUGUGGGUUGUGGCCCCUUUGGCAAACCUUUAUCUCCAAAAUAGAUGUACGCUAUGAUUCAUAACUGUAGCCAACUCACAGUUACAAAGUAGCAACGAAAAAAGUUUUAUGGUUGGGGGUUUCACCACAGUGUGAAGAACUGUAUUAAAGGGUUGAAGCAUUAGGAAGGUUGAGAACCGCUGGCCUAGAGCUGUCUGCAUACCGUUCCAUUCAGCCAAGAUGGAGGUAGGCUGGCAAACUGAUUUAUGCCCCUAAAUAAGGCACCUCUUCAGAAUUUUUCAACUAACAGUGGAUUCCAACUGGAGAAUUUUAUGCGCUCCGAGGCAUUUUCUAUGAGCCAAUCUUUACUGCAUCUCAAGGGUACAUGGCUCUCUCCCAGGCUUGGGAGGUGCAAGAGGUGAGAGAAAAAGCUGGAAACACAAGAGAAAUGGGAUGAGAGAAAGCUCCAGGAACUUGGCUUCAGGAUGAGUUUGGUGUUGCAAGGUAGUUCUUAGAAAGUCAGUCAGACGUCAAGCAGGACUUCCUUGUUUCUUCAACCUUUUCGUACAUCCUUUGAAAUGGAACCUGCGAUAUCGUUUAUUGCAGACAGAAGUUUAAAUUCAGAGAACUCAGUGGGCCUUUCAACUUUAGUGGCUUUAAGUUUUUGUUGGCUUUGUGUAAAUGUUUAUCUGUAGGAUCAUACUAGCUGCUAAACUGUAGCAAACAAUCAACAAAUGCUUGCUGUUUUUAUGAGCCAAUUCUGGUGCCCUGGGCAUGCAGGCAGUUUUGGUGUGGCAGUUGACGGUGUGGUAUGUGCAGCCAAAUUUGAUGGACAAUCUUGGAUUUUGUGAGCUCUGGAAUUUUAUCCAACUUCUCAUACUUCAGUUUACUCAUUUCUAAAAUCAGAGUUUAAAGUAAAUACAGCUAGUUCCCAAGGGCACUAAAGACUACUCUGUAAACAUGGCUCUUAUUGUUGAUGGCAGUAACUGCUCUCAUUCAUUGGCUCAGUGAUUCCACAGUAGAGGGAAUGGGAGCCAGAGAGCAGGUUGGGAAAUGGGUCUACAAAUAGGAGCAACAAGUGGAGAGGGCAGAGGAGAAACAUAGCAGUAGAAGAAACACAAUAUACAUAAGCAUACACACAUAAACAUACAUACAUACAAAAACACACAUACAAACAGAAACACACAUAAACACAAACAUAGAACCGCACACACAGAAACACAUACAAACAUACAUACACACACAUACACACACACACACACACACACACACACACACACACACACACACAACACCUCCUGCUGAAAUAUGCAUCUCUCGGCACUGGAAGAUACUUUUGUUUCUCUAAAGAGAGUUGUCACACUGGGGCCUCCUCCAUGGUUCAAAACAGUAGCUGUCUGUGGGAAUUGCCCCCCGCUCCCAUGUGUGUGUGUGUGUGUGUGUGUGUGUGUGUGUGUGUGUGUCUGUCUGUCUGUGUGUGUGUAGGUGUAUGCUACCCUUGCAUAAAAAAGAAGAUUCAGAGAAGCCCAAAGCUUCUUGUGACCUUGCAAGUGCCUGAGUGAAGCAAGAAUAUUCUAGGGAAGUCUAGAGCAGAGACUGUGCUGAACAAACACAGUAGAUUUUAGGAAAACCAAACCAAACCAAAUGAAAGGAAAGGAAACAGAAAAAAAAACAAGAAGAAUGGGGAUUCUUAAGUAAUUUUUGUAACUCAUGACUUCAUGUGCUAUUUGACUGACUUGAGAAAAGAAGGUAAAUUCAUUCAACAUCUGCUGUCACAACAGCUGUGUGUGAAAACCUAGCAUCAGAAGAGAGUUGGGAGAGUUUGAGACUUCGCUUUGUUCUUCUAUCAGCCAAGCUUCGACACAUGAAGUUUAUUUUAUAUGAAAUAUAUUUUGUAUUAAAUCUGCCAAAUACAUACAUUAGACUGGA